AUGUUAAGUGUUAAAAAAUUUAUUAUUUUUUUUAUAUUUAAUAUUAUAGUUAUUAAAAAUCAAAAAUUUUCAGAAACCGAAAAUGAAAGUUAUGUUGAGUCAAAGGAAGAAUUUAUUAAACAAAAAGAGUGUCUAAGUAUGAAUUUACCAUAUAGAUGGGAUACAAAUAUUAAUUAUAUUGUUGGAAAAGAUAUUGAUGAAAAAAAAAUAUAUGAAGCAUUGAAAAAUAUUGAAAAUGAGACAUGUUUUAAAUUUAAAAGAGUUUUAAAAAAAUUUUCAAAUACACAAGGUAUAAUUUAUAAUAUUUCAACAUUUUAUGGAAGUUUUAUUGGUAGAGUUGUAAAAAAUGGUUAUCAAUAUAUUUAUUUAAGAAGAGGUGCUGAAAAAGAUAUUGGUUUAAUACAAUAUGCAACUCUUAAUACAUUAGGAAUGCACAAUGAACAUAUGCGUCCAGAUAGAGGAAAAUAUAUUAGAGUUAAUUAUGAAAAUAUUGAUGAAAGUGCAAUGAUAGAAUUUUAUAUAUUAAAUGGUAGUAAUAUAAAUUCAUAUGAAAUAGAUUAUGAUUUUGGUUCACUUCUUCAUUAUGGUACUAUUGCUUAUAGUAAAGAUCGCAAACCAACAAUUGAAACAUAUAUUGAAGGAUAUAAUUAUAUGAUUGGUCAUCGUCAAAAACUUAGUUUUAAUGAUAAUAAAUUAUUAAAUAUUCAUUAUUGUAUUAAUAAAUGUAAAAGUAAAAUAUUAUGUUAUAAUAGUGGUUAUCAAGAUCCUAAAAAUUGUAUACAAUGUAAAUGUCCAAAUGGUUAUAGUGGAAUAAAAUGUGAAAAAAUAGUUAGAAAUGGUAAUGAAUGUGGAAAUUUACAAAUUAUUUCUACAAAAAAUAGUUUUAAAAAUAUUCUUAUUAAAGGUAAUAAGUCAUGUACAUAUCUUAUUAAAGCACCAGAUAAUUAUGUAAUAAAAUUAAAUAUAAAAAAUGUUUUAUUACCAAGACAAAAAGCAUGUAUUGAAAAUAAAGGUUUAGAAAUAAAGUAUCGUAAAGAUAAGGGUGCUAUGGGUUUAAAUUUAUGUGAUCGAUAUAAAGAUAUAUAUCUUAAAUCAGAAGACAAUAAUGUAUUAAUACAAUAUAAAGGAUAUAGGCAUAUUGAUACAGCUAUUAUUGAAUUUAAACAUAUACCUAAAAAAAAUUAUUCUUAA